AUGGAAAGUCUGCCGUUUGAUAUGGCCGCAACGUCUUUUGAUGACCAAUACAACGGCUGUGUGGAUAAGAUGGACGAUAAGGUGGGGAAGCUCCAGCGCACUGAAUUUGCCACUUCCAAUAGCAACUAUGAGGAGGUCUGGAAAGCUGCAACCACCAAGUGGAACAGGAAGAAGCCCAAAGGCCUUAAGCAACAGUACGCCAUUGCAGUCUUCGCCUACACAAAAAGCAGUGACUCCUUAUACAGUCAAUUAAACGAGGCUGUACGGAAGGCAGGGCAGAGUGAAGACUAUUACCUCAGGAACUUCCACUUCAAGUCCUUCCACUAUCUUCUGACAAGGGCCCUUCAGGUUCUAGUGACCAGCUCUAACCACAAGUGCUACAUAACUUAUCGUGGGGUCAAAGGCAUCACAUUUACCACAGAACUCUACAGGAAGGUCCGAUUUGGACACUUCGCUUCCUCGUCGCUGAACAAGAAAACUGCAGAAGGAUAUGGGGAUGACACUUUCUUCACCAUUAAGACCUGCUAUGGGGCAUACAUCAAGGAUUUCUCCUUCUUCCCAAAUGAGGAGGAAGUCCUGAUUCCACCUUAUGAAUUGUUCCUGGUUGAAGAUUUCAAAGAGACAGGUGGUAAAACCCACAUCAGUCUCACCUCUGAAGGAAAACACAGCAAUUACAACUGCGUCUAUGUAAAAGGUAACUGUGGAGAAACACCAUUUUAG